AGAGGGAGGGAGGGAGGGAGAGAGAAAAGAGAAAAGGGAGAUGGAGCCUAGUCAACAUGGCCUCUUAGAAGAGUUUCUAGCUCUAAGAAGAGACACUUGCAGCACUUUCACUUCUGCAGUGAAUGAGUUCUUCCCCAAUGGGUGGAACUUUGAUGCUUUUGAUGAGAACCAAGUUUUGUCCACAUCAAAUCCUUCAUUUGAAGGAUUCUCCACCCCAACAGAACCUAUCUUCGAAUGUCCUUUCAGUGAAGUCUAUCCUUCUGUUGAUGGGUUCACCGUAGCAGAGAUUGAUUCAUCUUACCACAAGAAUGACGGCACACCCCCAUUUCCAAUUCAAGAAGAGUACCCUUCACUGGUUGAGGAUGAAGAUAUUGGUCUCCUCAACAGUGAUCUUCAUGGGUUGGAAGAGAGGAAUACCAGCUGUAAAGUUGAGAUGGAACAAGCCAUGGACGCUCCAGUUUUCAACCUAGGUUUGUGUGGAGAGAGAAAGGCCCGAGUUAAGAAGCUUGAGGGUCAGCCCUCCAAGAAUCUAAUGGCAGAAAGAAGGCGAAGGAAGCGACUCAAUGAUCGCCUUUCCAUGCUCAGAUCAAUUGUUCCUAAGAUCAGCAAGAUGGACAGAACAUCUAUACUUGGAGAUACCAUAGAUUAUAUGAAAGAGCUCCUAGAGAAAAUCAACAAGUUGCAAGAAGAAGAAAUCGAAGUGGGCUCGGAGCAAACCAACCUAAUGGGCAUCUUCAAGGAGCUAAAGCCAAAUGAAGUACUAGUGAGAAAUUCUCCCAAGUUUGAUGUGGAAAGGAGAAACAUGGAUACCCGGAUCGAGAUUUGCUGUGCAGCAAAGCCAGGACUGUUGCUGUCGACAGUGAACACACUGGAACUUCUAGGCCUUGAAAUUCAACAGUGCGUUAUAAGUUGCUUCAAUGAUUUUUCAAUGCAAGCAUCUUGUUCAGACGUAUGUAGUGGAGCAGCAGGCAGAGACUAAUUCUGAAGAUAUAAAGCAAGCAUUAUUCAGAAAUGCAGGCUAUGGAGGAAGAUGUCUGUAGAAGAAAAGGGAUGAAAAAUAAAUGUAGUAGGUUCAGCAAGCUUGAAGAGAUAGAUCUCAAAGCUGUUCUUGAUGGAAUUAGUUUUCAACCCAGAGGUUGUAAUAAUGUAGUCUCUCUAAAUAACACCAGAGCCAUCUCACAAGUCCCCAUGAUGUAUUAUCUGCUCCCAUUGAGGUUACUUAUUAAUAUAAGGGUCAUUUGUUCCUCCUCUUA